GGUAAUAGUGCGCUGAGCAUCCCCUCUCCGAGUGAAGCAGCUCGAAAAGAUACAGCUUGUCAUCAGACGCUUAUCGGCUGGCAAAAUCUGCGGCUGCGCAAAUUUUAUCUCAUCGCCCGGUAGUUUGAAUAUAAACCUACCUUUAAAAAUGUGCUGCUUUGGAUUAUUUACUCGAAUUUUCUGCGAGAGCUAAUUUGUCAUUUGUGUGCUGCUGCUUGUGAAAAGUCAAACAACUCUGCUUUGCUUUUUUUCGCAGUUCUUUUCCACUCGGCACCUGUGUUCUAAAGCAAUGUAACGGUGAAUUCGUUAUUGUUUUUUGCCAUUUCUACAGCACGGAUUUCAAGAAACAUUGACAAAAUAACUGUUGUUGAACGUUCUACGUGAUAAAAAGCCAUUCAUUGAUGAAAAAUGAAUUUUUCCUAGCAGGACCCGUCUUGUGCUAAAAGUGGUUUUAGUGACUCCGAAUUUCUCAUCCGUUCGUUGAAUUAUGUCGCUUUCGAACCCGUUCACUGCUACGAACAUGAAAAACAAAUGGAGCAAACUGUGGAAUAAACGAUCGGUGACAAUUACGGAGUACGACCCAACGUACAAAGUGACUUAUCUCGGCAAUGUCAUCACUCAGUGGGCGAAAGGUGACGGUUGCGUGGACAAACCUCUAGCCACCCUGUGGAAAAAUUAUUGUGCCAACGUGAAACAUGAUAUCACCAUGAAAUUGACUGUGAGCAACUCAGGACUAAAAGCAACGACGAAAGAGCAUGGCCUGACAGAAUACUGGGCAAACAGAAUAACGUAUUGUUCUGCACCGGCCCAGUACCCGAAGGUCUUCUGCUGGGUGUACAGACAUGAGGGGCGGCGGAUGAAGCAGGAGUUGAGAUGUCACGCCGUACUGUGCGACAAAGAAGAAAGAGCGAAGUUAAUGGCUGCCCAGCUCAACCAGAGGUUAACUCUAGCUCUUCAAGAAUUCCGAAGAGAGAAAUUAAGUCGGCAGAAAGCACGGUUAUCCCUCGCCAAUUCCUGUUACGACAACCCCACCAUUCCUCGUAGAAAGCUCCUGUUGAGUACGGGUUCCACCAACUUCAGGCCACCUUUAGAACGAUCAAAAAGUGCUCCAAAGCUGACAGCCAUCGACGAAAUUGAGGAGGAGGAUGAAGAAGACCACCAGUCGACGAAUCUUGAUGACGAUGAUUUCGACGACGAGUUCUUGACCGGGUCCCUUAUUUCCGAGAUCGAAUCGACGUCUGACAUCGUUCCAGAUGAUGUCGAUUCCUUGUCCGACCAUUAUUUGACCAAUGGUCUCGAGACAGACUCUUUCGAUUCGGACUCUGUGGAAGACCUUCCGAACCCUCGGCGGAAAAAGAGUUCCCUAAAACUCAUUGAUGAAACUGUUGACGAGGAGGAUAACGUUUCCGACGAAUCCGGCUAUUCGGAGGAAAAACUGUCAUUUAAAGAUGAAAGCAUUGCUUCCUACAAAAUGUGACAUCUGCUUGUGUUUUGCCGUUCUACCUAAGGUAAAAAAAAAAUGCAAUCCCUUUUUUCAGUCCACUGCAAGAACUGUUUUUGUUCGAUUACCUCAAUUCUUUGUAGAAAAUAUUUCAAAGUGCUAAAAUGUCUCAUUCAAAUACGUACGUAAAGAACAAAUUUUUAAUGAUGUGACGUGUUUAAGCACUUUCAAAUAUUUUUAUUGCAAAUAUCAAUCAAAUCAUUUUUAGUUACAAUUUAACUUAUUUUUCAAUAAAGCAAGAAGUUCAAUAUAAUUUAGUAAAAAAUAUUUAUAAAUAUCACACGACGUCAAUGAAAAUAUUUUUAAAUCUUAUUUUUUACACUUCAUUAAAAUAAUAUUCCAUUAAUCUUUACUGUUGAAUUAAUUUCAAGCUUUGCUUUCUGGUAAAUUUUUCAUCUGAUAUUUUUAAGUACAUGUUUAAAUGAACUUCUUGCCUUGUGGAAAACUUUUAUUGGCUCAAAAGUAAUACUCAAGAAGCGGUAAACAUCUUUGAACAAAUAUUUUUUGUCUGUGUUAUAGAAUUGUGCCAUAAUUGCUAACAAAUCAAAAUGAAUUAGAAUGCAUGUCAUUCUCGAUCAGAUUGACACAAGUUGUUCCUACCUUAGGUGAAAUAAUGAAUUAUGUCAAAUCAGCACAACUCCAACAAAUUGCCUUAAAAUAUAUAUUAGACGUUGCUCUAAAAAGUUUGAAAACUAAUUUGAUGUACACGCUGUACAAACAAUACCAUUUAAGCAAAAAAUGUCGUCGUUCAAUUCAAGUAUUAUUAUUUAAAUAUUUUCAUCAACGGUGCAUUUUAAAUACUUAUUUUUUUUCCAGGUUUUUUUUUCUGAUUCAUUCUUUAUUCAUUUUAAUAAUAAAUAAAUAAAUAGUAAUAAGUAGGACAAAAGAGUUUUUGAGCCGAUCUUCUCAAUAUUUCUUUAACGUUAUUGUCAAUAACGUUAUAUUACUAUAUUAUUGUUCAACGAAAACUUAGCAUCUUAAGCUUAAUUACGGCAACUUGUUUAAGAAUAAUGUUGAAACAUUUUUCACGAGCACAUUUUUUUUAAAAAAUGAAUAUAUUACUAUGCCAUAGAUAAUUUUUCCAUAAUCUGCUUCUUUGAUAAUAUUAUUUUGCUUAUUUAAUUAUUAUUAUUAUUUCUUUUUUUUUUUGUAUUACAUUGUCAAUUUACGCUUAACGUUAUUUAAAGUAUUAUCGCUACUGUUCAGUAAAUUAUGUACACAAUUUUUUAAAACCUUUAAAGUAUAGUUGAAUUUAUGUUACUAAUAAUUAUAUGCAAUAAGAUCAGUUUUAAAAACAUCUACACAUGUUUUGCUCCUUUUUUUUUUCAAUGCAAAAUUGGGACGAAAAUUCGUUACUAGAACAAUUUUGCUAAAUUCGGGGUUCUGUUUAGAAAAUAUCUUCAUUUUCAUGAUAUUUACAUUCAAAAAUUUGGAAAAGUCUAUCUUAGAAAGCAUUUAAUGUGUUAUAUUAAUAUCAUUAUUUUUGUUAUUAAUGUUAUUAUUAUUACUAUGUAGCGAAUCGUUAAAUUUAAAAAUAUAAAAUUUGUGUUGUAGGAAGUAUUUCCGCAAUAAGUUAUUUGAAAUAUUCUACGUUCAAAAAUGAAAAUAAUGAUGAGUGUUAAUGACAAUGAGCACUAAAAAUGCCUACAAAAAUAAAUUCGUUCUUAAAGCGUAGUCAAAAUUUUUAUCUGUUUAAAUAUUUUUGAAAAUAUUUAUUCAUAAAUAAGAAAGCUGUUCGCAUUGGUUUCAGCAUUAAAGUAUGAUUAUGAUGCUAUGUAUCACUAAGUUAUGAUUUCUAAAUGUUACUGUUUUAAAUAUAUGCAUUUCAGUGAAAAUACAAAGGUAAAUUUAAUAACAGUUGUAGUUAUAAAAUUUAUCGAUAACAUUUUUACUCGAUAAGUUCUUAAAUAUAUUAUUGAGAAAGACUUACUUUAAGUGUAAAAAAUGAUACUAUUUCAAUUUUCAUUAUUAUUUUUUCACAUUUUACUCGCGAGCGUUAGAAAAUAUGAUUAUGAAGUUCCACACAAACGGAAAAAUAUGUCGUAUAUUUUAACGUAAAUCUGCGACCAAAAAUCGUUGUAAUUAUUUAAUAUGUUCUUAUUAUUUCUUUUCUUUUUUCUUUCAAUCUUACUUUUUUUAAAUACAUUAAUUAUUUUAAAAAACGUUUCUGAUUUUAUAACGAUAGAAUUUUUAGUGCCUAAAUGCUCGAACAGUCUGUUUAAUUAUCAUGCAUUUUUUAAAAUCCACCCUCAAAAUAUUAUUAUUAUUAUUAUUUUUAAAUCUAAACAAAAUCAUUUUUAGGCAUUUGAAGUAAUUUUACGAAAAUAAGAAAAGAAAAGAAUACGCUUUACGUGUGUGAGGCAUUAGAAUUUUUUUAUUGAAUGUUUAACUUACAAAAGUAAUAUUCUUGUCUGUAAAUUUUACCCAUUGCUCUGAAUCCAAAUUUUGUUUUCAAAAUUAUUGCUACCAUCUUUCAGCUUAGAUUCUUCAGAUUUUUUAUUCUAAUUAAAACAUUACGCCAGAUCUUAGGUAUAAUUCUGUGAUAUUCAAUAUGCACUUUUCAAUCCAAUAUAUAUUUUUGUAUGAUAUAUAUAUAUACUCCUAAACGAGCUGAUGUUUGAAAAACUUAGAAAAAUCAACAUUUUUAAAGAAAGACGUAUUUAUUACAUAAUGUUAUUAAUUUACGAACAAAAUUACUUGCAAUUCUACUCAAGCAACUGUUUCUAGUUAUAUUUGUUAAACAUGUUACGUAAGUUUACAUGCAUUUUACAUUAUUGCAAAGAGCAAUUUCAUUGGAAUUUGUGUUUCCAUGUGUAUAUGAUAUAUAAUACCUCAUUAAUAUUGCAUGUCAUUAAUCUGUGUAUAUCGUUCAUUCUUCACCAAAGAUCAUUGAAUAAAUUUGUACAGAUUUUU